AGGUGACAUACACUUGAUUGGUUGUCGCGGGGACCGCGCUAGUGAUUUUUUUGCUGUGCAAUAUUUUUAUAAUAAAUAAUAAAUUAAAUUAUAUGUAAAAACAUUCUAAUUGUAAAAUAUGAAUAAUAAUUAUAUUAUUGAAAUUGCGGCUAAUACAAUACCGAAAUUGGCUUUUGUUUUUGUGGUGUUUUUAGUACUACAUAAAUUUUAUGUAAAAGUGCGAUCAAAAACUAAGACUACCGUGAAUUGUUGGUUUUGCAAUGAAAAUACCAAAGUCCUAUAUGUCGAAUCCAACAGUUGGACCUGUCCAAAAUGUGAGCAAUAUAAUGGAUUUAACAAAAAUGGGGAUUGUAAUCGCCUAAUAUAUGAGAAAUAUGACUGCAGCAAUCUAACUACUAAUAAAAUACAAUUUGCUGAUCCCUCAUCAACACCACUUACCUCAUCACCGCAAAAUGGACUUUGUAAAGCAUGUAAUGAAGCCCAAAAUUGGAUAGUAGAAAAACGUGCAGAAUUUGAACCAACGAAAGAAAAUCGUUUCGAUCAGGAAUUUAAGGUCUACAAUGCUCAGCUAGAAAAGCAGUAUGGUUUAUGCCGUACUUGUAAACUUCAUGUACGUAACGUACUGAACGAGGGGAAAAAUUUAGCUUUGGGUGCAAAAUUUUUAGACUAUGUCACCAAACGUGCGGGCUUAUUGAAAGAAGGACAAUUCACGGAACUUGAAGAGGCUGUUAAACAACGAAAGAAACAUAAAUUCAAGAUUUUAAUUGCCACAAUGGCACUUUUGAAUAUAUUUUGUCUUCUAGGCAAUAUGACGACAAUAAAACGUGAUAUACUUACAGAAACAUUUGGAGAGCUAUUAGGAAGUAGUAUCUUCAAAGUAUUAACGCAUUCGAUUGCAUUCAUUCGUGUACUGUACACAUAUAUGGACACCUUUAGUAAAUAUGAUAUUAUAGCCAGAAUUGGAUCUUUCGUGCGCACACUUUUUAUGAUGUUACUUUACUCAAUGGGUUUGAGUAUGCCAGAUAUAGUUCGCCUAGAUUUCAAUUCUAUAUAUAUGGUUAUAAGCCCAUUUACAAUCUUAUGCACUGCCCUCUACUAUAAUUUAUUGGAUAGUUUGAAAUUGACACGUUUUACAUUUUUAGUCGCACUCUGGGCUGCAUUUGCUAUUGGUUUAGUGAGUGAUGUGCAUAUCUCACAAAAUAUGUUAUUCUUUUCGGCGUCUGUCUUAACAGUUAUUCUUACGUUAACGAAGACGAGCGACUGGUCUAGUGCACAACACGACAGUUCAACAAAUAGUUUUCACAAAAUUUACUCUGAAUAUUUAAGUGACGAGGAAACAAAGAGUUUUAUAAGCGAUUAUUACAAUAGCAGCAUAACAUCAGCUCAUAGCAAUCGAUCAUAUCCUACAACAACCAAUUAUUCAACUGUAACACCAUCCGCUCCAUCAAUAAACAGUUUUCCACGAUCUCAACUUUCUCCUACUUUGAGUUAUCGUACCUGCUUUACAAACAAGAAACCAACUUCAUGCUCACCUAAUUCUUCAUUAAACCACAACAAUAGCACGCCACAUAAUUCUACCUUUAGAGGAGAAGGUCUAAAAUCAAGUAAAAAUAUUUUGCGAGAAUCUGUACUAAAUCUGAAUCGUAAAAAUAAUGAGAAUUCUUUAUACAAAAACUCUUCGUUUACUACUAAUCCCUAUGGUGAUACUUUUAUUAUCAAAAACAACGAAAGUAACUAUUUAAAUUCAACACUGCAACAUAUAGACGCAGACAAUUGUAACAGAGUAGCUCAUUCGCCGUUUUCGGCUUCUAACACUGCCUUACAUCAAUAUAAUUCUUAUGCCGAGCCUCUGUUAAAGAAGAACAACCAUAGUUUUUUAAAUUCAACUUUACAAAGUAUGGACUCUGAUGUAUUUUCAACAAGAGCCGAAUCGCCAUUUUCCGUUCCUAACAAUACUCUACAUCAACAAACACAAGCACACGUUGUUAUGCCAUCACCUUCAAAUGCAAACACAUCCUGGUCUUCAGGUGGGUUAUUUAAUCGAUAUAAACGUACAGAACAAAGAGCUACAAGUUUAUUUCAUGAACCACAUAAUACCAUUGAUAAUAAUGAUGCAAAGUUUUCACGUUCAUCUUCCUUAUCAUCAGGUUUUGAAUCACAAAUUGAUCGUGAUAAUUCUGCAUGUCCUGACAGUGUUCAAGCACCACAUGCAACUUCGCGUUUAGAUUAUUAUAAUUCCUUCGAACCAAUCAAUGGAAAUUAUCACAUUAAUACAACUGCCAAAAGGAAUUAUGAGCAACCGUUAUCAAUAAAUUGCUCUUCGCGGGCACAAUCCGUUUGCUCUGAAUUAUGGAAUCUGCCAAGCAAUGGUAGAAGCAUAAAUAGUCAAAAUUCUUUCAACUUACGUAAAAUUAACGAUGUACUGCCAACAUAUAGACGAGGAGAUUUACUUAAGAAAUGGAAGGAGAGUCAAAUGACUUCUUAACAAAUCUUCGUUCAAAUCUAAAAGUUAACUAUUUUGUUAAUUAUCGUUAAGCAAGAAAUUGUUUUAAAUUAAUUUUUG